CUUUUGUAUUCAUAUAUAAAGGAAACUUUUGGACCCUUUCUCUCUUUAUUUUAUAAUUUCAAUAUGAAUAACAAAGCCUACCUCGUCCUCAUUGCUGUUGCUUGUCUUAUUGCUGUAGUCAGUGCUCAGUCCUCAGUCAACCCUGUCGAAUCUCUUCAAAGCAAGGCCUCAGGUGUCGCUGCUUCUGCUACCAACACAUCUCCUUCUGCUCCUUCUAAUACCGCUCAUAGUGCUGGUUUCUCGUUAGCCACUAGCCUAUCAUCUACUGUUAUGAUGCAACUUGUCGUCAUCUGCUCAGCCUUUAUUGCUUCUUACUUUUUAGCUUAAAUGCAUCACCUAAUGACUAGCUGCAUAUAACAGCGGCUUUUGAAAUAAAGCUCAUUUAAUUUUAUUGCAAUGAAAGCAAACCAAUGUCUUUUGCUUGUGCCUGACUUAAGUGUAUUUCAUCAAAUACCCCUUCUUGUCACCUUGCACAUAGUUGAUCUAAAGCCACUUAACAUUUCACAUCAUUGAUUGAGUUUAUAUUAUUGUGAUAUAUUCCUAAAAUAGGCAUCCUCUCUCAAGCUAGAUAAUCAAGAUUUAGUUACAUGUAAUUCAUGCUCAUGUCAGGUUAUUUACAUAAAGCCGAUAAAUCAGAAUUUGUAUUGUUACUGAGUGGUUUUUUAUGUUUGGCGCGGGAUUCUGUCGUAAUGUACCUUGAUUUAAAGAUGCAUCUUUUCUUUACUUUAAUCUCAUGUCAUAAAUGAACGCUUGAUCUCUAUUGUCUGCCUACCUGCAUUCUUUUUUUUUUUAUGAAGAG